AUGGCCGCCUCCAAGCCCGUGGAGCCGCAAGGCGGACCCGGGAUCCCGCACUGGAAGCUGGCCCUGGCCGUGGGGGCCCCGCUCCUCUUGGGAGCCGGAGCUGUUUAUCUAUGGAGCAGGAACAGGUCCAGCAAGAGAGACAACCUGAGGAGGACACCGGAGGGGAGGGCGAGCCCGGUGCCCAGUGCAGGCAGCGCCAGCCAGGAGGCAGCACCCCCGCAGGAGACGAGCCCCCUAGAAAAAGCUCAAGCUGCAAAGAACAAAGGCAACAAGUACUUCAAAGCUGGGAAAUAUGACCAAGCCAUUCAGUGUUACACUGAGGCCAUCAGUCUGUGUCCUCCAGAGAAGAAGGUAGAUUUGUCUACUUUCUACCAGAACAGAGCUGCGGCCUAUGAGCAGCAGCAAACGUGGAAAGAAGUUGUCCAGGACUGCACCAAAGCGGUGGAACUAAACCCCAGGUAUGUGAAAGCCCUCUUCCGACGGGCGAAAGCACAUGAAAGGCUCGACAACAAGAAAGAGUGCUUGGAAGAUGUCACUGCCGUUUGUAUCUUGGAAGGGUUCCAGAACCAGAACAGCAUGCUGCUUGCAGAUAAAGUACUUAAGCUGCUUGGGAAAGAAAAAGCCAAAGACAAAUACAAGAACAGGGAGCCACUGAUGCCUUCACCACAGUUCAUCAAAUCCUAUUUCAGCUCUUUCACUGACGAUAUCAUCUCCCAGCCCCUGCACAAAGAGGAGAAGUCCGAUGAAGAUAAGGAUAAAGAGGGAGAGGCAGCUGUAGUCAAGGACAAAUCCGGUUAUUUAAAAGCAAAACAAUACAUGGAAGAGGAAAACUAUGACAAAAUAAUCAGUGAGUGCACAAAGGAAGUGGAGGCCAAAGGCAGGUACAUGGCUGAAGCGCUGCUGCUGAGAGCCACUUUCUACCUGCUCAUCGGAAACUCUGCUGCUGCCAAGCCUGAUCUGGAUCAGGUUAUUAGCAUGGAACAUGCCAAUGUUAAGUUACGCGCAAAUGCCCUUAUUAAACGGGGCAGUAUGUAUAUGCAGCAACAGCAGCCAAUGCUAUCUACUCAAGAUUUCAACAUGGCUGCAGACAUAGACCCCCAGAAUGCAGAUGUUUACCACCACAGGGGGCAGCUAAAAAUCCUGCUGGACCAAGUGGAUGAAGCAGUGGCAGACUUUGAUGAAUGUAUUCGAUUGCGCCCAGAUUCUGCUCUGGCUCAAGCACAGAAAUGCUUUGCAUUAUACCGUAAAGCAUAUACUGGUAGCAAUCCGCUGCAAAUCAAAUCUGCAAUGAAAGGGUUUGAAGACGUCAUUAAGAAAUUUCCAAAAUGUGCAGAAGGCUAUGCCCUUUAUGCCCAGGCACUAACAGAUCAGCAGCAGUUUGGGAAAGCUGAUGAGAUGUACGAUCAGUGCAUAGACCUUGAACCAGACAAUGCCACAACAUAUGUUCAUAAAGGCUUACUUCAGCUGCAGUGGAAACAAGAUCUUGAUAAAGGCUUAGACCUCAUCAGCAAAGCCAUUGAAAUAGAUAACAAAUGUGACUUUGCGUAUGAGACCAUGGGGACAAUAGAAGUUCAGAGGGGGAAUCUGGACAAAGCCAUUGAUAUGUUCAAUAAAGCCAUCAACUUGGCGAAGUCUGAAAUGGAAAUGGCCCAUUUGUACUCACUAUGUGACGCCGCUUACGCCCAGACAGAAGUCGCCAGGAAAUACGGCUUGAAGCCUCCAACACUGUAAACGGACUCCCAACGAUGAGCAAAUGUGAUAGCUACGAAAUAUUGAUCUUUUAAGACAUGUAAUUUCUCCAAGGAGAGUUUUGCAUCCCAAACAAAAAGUGGAAUGGCGGACCCUUGUUUUCCUGCUUAUGGUGUUGUCAUUCAUCCCUUCUGUUAGAUGUUUUUGGUAUUGUGGGGAGAGGGUGUCUUGGAUAAUUUUUCCCUUUCGAGGGCAAGGGAAAAGUUAAGGCACCGCUGCAUGAGAACAGGGGCGACAUAGUUUGCCAUGCAAAUAAAACUGCUGAGUUGCGUUCAUUUUUGUUUUGUCAGGGAAUGGGGGUGAUUAUCGUGUGAGCAAAUCUUCUUAAAUUAAUUUUUUUUUAUUAUUAUUUUUUUUAUAUAUUCCUGGUACUUUUUACUUAUUUUUUUUUCCUUGAUUGCAUUACUGUUGUGUGUCCUGUUCCUCUUGUACAUAACCGAUCGCACAAGACUGAUUUCUUCCUUUUUAUUAGUGAAAACAAACUAUUCCUUUUUUAAGUUUCCACCUGUGAGAAAUAAAUCGAUCCUUCGCAUGCACAACCUUUAUACCACCCUAUGUUUAGAAGUUGUUUUGUUUUAGUACCCAUGAUAAAUCGCCCCCCACCCCCUCCCUCAACUGGCCCAAUAUGAAAUGAGAAUAAAAAUUGGACUACAAAAACAAUACCUGUGUAUUUGGGAACCGGUUUCAUUGCAAAACGGCAAAGGGGAACCUGUCACCACAUAGCUCGCCAUGAAACCAUCUUACAUGCCUGAUGCAAGCUUGUCAAUAUGUUCAAUGUUGUUUGUCCUAAUUUUAUUGGUGGCACCAUUAUGGGGGGGAUUUUUUGUUUAUGCUAAUUAGACCCUGGGUGCAACAAGGGCAGCACUGUUGCACCUCACUUGCCCUUACCACUUUGAAUGAUAGGGCCAGACAGUGAAGACGUACUCGCUCCUGCCCCUGAAGUCUCCCGAUUGCUCAUUAGCCUCACUGUUCAGCACAGGCGCAGUACAGAGUCCAUCGGGCGGUGAAGCAAACAAUCACGAGACUUUGGGAUACUUCAGGGCCAGACGUACAUCUUCACUGCCUGGCCCUGUCAGUUGUGGGGGCCUAGGCAUAAAAUAAAAGGGGUGCAGCGAGGUGCAACAGUACUGCUCUUGUUGCACCCAUGGGCUAAUUAGUGUGAAAUAAAAAGCCUAACUUCUCCACAAUGGGGCCACUGAUGGAAAGAGGACCUACACUAUUAGAAUAUAUCGAGAAGUGUGCAUCUGGCCUGUAAGAUGGUUUCAUAGCAAGUGAUGUGGUGACAGAUUCCCUUUACAUGAUGUAUAGACACUACCUUCAAGGUUCCCACUUAGUAAGGCUCAUGUGGCUCAGUAUACAGUACAUGUAUUGGGUUUCCUGAUCACUUCUUUUUUUUUUCUUUUUCUUUCUUUCCUUCUCCUCACCUUUUUGAUUUAUUACUCUGUACUUUAUAAUCCGUCUGGUUGAUUUCUACAGCAAAGGCAAUCUCCGUGCAUUGACUAGCAGGUAAACCUGUGAUAGACUUGUAUUAUACACAGCAGCCAGUCGGAGGAGGAAGGGGCAGCAGCCUGAAUAAGACAGGAGAUGUGGCUCAGACUUCCUUAGACUCAGGGAUCAGCAACCUCCAGCUGCUGUGAAACUACAGCUCCCAGCAUUCACACUUGCGCCGCUGUUCUUGCAACGGACACAAGUGAAAGGAGGAUUCUAGGAGUUGUAGUUUUAGAACAGCCGGAAGUUGCUGAUCCCUGCUCUAGACACGGAUCACAGCUCUGCCAUAAUGGAGCGGAGUACAAAGCAACCGAGGACCAGGGACUGAUUAGAAUAAAGCGUCACCUGUAUAUUUGUGAGUUGAUUCAUAAACAGGUGAUUUAAGGAGAACUCAGAAGAUAUUAACGUUCCUUUAAAACAUAAAAUUUUCCAGCAAUGGCACAAUUUCACUAUAAAUAUCUCCAUGUUACUCGGGAGCCACAAACUUGAAGGGGUUGUCCUGGAUUAAAUCAUCCUGGACCCACCUCUUUCAAACAGAUGUUAGUUUUCCUUUAAAUGCACCCUUUAACAACAAGACCACACACACACACACACACACUCUUUGCGUAUAGCAUGCAGAAAAUCUGCAACGUAAUACAGUACCAGCUAAGAUUUUAAAAAUCUUAACUACACGUUUCAGACUUAAUUGAUCUUUGGGUGGAUUUCACCCUUUGCAAUGCGUAGGGAAAAAUUUGCUGCACAUCUAACGUGUAACACAUUCUGCUAUGGAUUCAUUGUGGAAUAGCGUUAAAAAAUAAUCUGCACGAGUCACACUAGAUCCAUGGCUUCUGUUUAUACUGCUAUACUGGAUCCAUACUUACCAUGCAUAGUGGAUAUUGCUGAUGGAUCACUGAUAUUAAUGGGGUCUGUAGGUGUUCUUGUAUCUUUGACUGCAAAAAAAAAAAGCUGGUCAGUUUGCCAUCAAAAUAAUGAGAUCCUGAGACUUCAGAUACUUACUGGA